AUGGAAACGCCAGCAGACGAAGAUGUGACCAACGCUGUAUUCUUCGCAGUCUACCCGGAAUCUGACCUGGUAGUGCAGCUAAUGCGUUAUUCUACAUACGAGUACGCGGGGAACUUCAUACGAUCGGCUGAGGUGAAGGGCUUCUUGAGAUAUCAGGUCUUAAGAGACGGGAAUGCCUAUGGCGGCACACUCCUCAUGAAAUAUAAACCUGAGAGCCAACUCCGUGGUUGGGUUUUGCUACUGGAGAACGAAAAACAGAAAGACUUGGCUUUUUCUGCGCUCAGCUACCUCCCCCGUCAUGAGAGAAGGACAUGGGCGGACACGAGUUUGUAUAAUGAGGCAUGGCUUUAUUGCGGCCCUACAAUACGGGCAGAUACACUAGGGCCACCACCGGGAUCGCCUUUACCUCCUGAAACCGCAGGCAGUCCCGGGCCACAGCCAAUAUUACCUUUCCCUCCUCAACCAGCAGACAAUCUCAUGCCACCUCCAGGACUACCUUUGCCUCUUCAAACCGCAGGCAAUCUUAUGCCACCGCCGGGACUACCUUUCCCUCAACCCGCAGGCAAUCUCAUGCCACCGCCAGGACUGCCAUUCCCUCCUCAAACCACAGGCAAUCUCAUGCCACCGCCAGGACUACCACCGCCAGGACUACCCUUCCCUCCUCAACCCGCAGGCAAUCUUAUGCCACCGCCAGGACUACCAUUCCCUCCUCAAACUACAAGCAAUCUCCCCACUCCUCUCACAACGCCCGAUUACUCUCCUGCUAGAAGUCAAAAGGACGGUGGGCAGGAUUCUGGGCCCGAGUAA